CAAUGGAUGAUCACCGAGCCUCGUCCACCUGAUUCUUGUCUUUUCCCCCUCCGCUCCCACUCGUUUGUUGCCAAGUGCGGUCUUCCUUUUCUGCCGAUGUUCUUUAAAGCUCGACCAUGGAGCCCCUUUCGAUUCUUGGCGCCGUUGCGGCAUGUACUGAGAUUGUGUCUGUCAUCACCCGCGUCACCACCAACCUCCAUUCCCUGAAGCAGCGAUGGUCCGAGGGCGCACGGUCGCUCCAGCUCCUGAUCGCAAAGUUAUCGACAGUGAGGGCCGCGCUGGCGCAGGUCAAGGACUGGGCCGAGUUGAAUGCAUCCACAAGCCCUAAUGGUGACGAGAUGCGGGAUAGCUUGGGGGUGGCCAUGGAGGGAUGCCAGGUGUUUAUCGAAGCGCUGGACCAGGACGUGGCGGGGUUACUGGGAGACUCGGUUGUGUCCCGCCUCAAACAGCUCUUCAUCGACUCGACGAUCAAGGAACACGAACAGCGUCUUGAUUCACAAAUCUUGGCGCUUCAGGUACUCCUCAAUGCAGCAUACUGCCAGAGCCUCUCAGAACAAAAUAGCCUCCUCCGACAAACCGCGGCGCGCCAGGUUUUCCAACAGAUCCGCGAAGACACCAGCACGGUCCGAGAGCAGUCCACAGUCAGGGAUACCGAACGCUCAACUAUUGCCGGAACCGAAGCGGCACCCGUGCCAUCCUUAAGGUUGGGCAGGAUUGAUAGCUUCCCAGAAAGCACUCCCGACACUGUUCCCCUGUUCGGCAUCCACGUCAGACCCCCGAGUCGCAGCCAUGAGAACAGUUACCCGGAUUCCCGAGACCCCACGUGGCAACGGCCCAUGCCAUUCGAGAUGUUGCCAUACAGUCCAGCUUCCACGCCGGUGUCCCCUGCUAGCGACAAGAGCUCCAACACGAGCGGCUUCUUCUCCCUUGGGAAAGCCGUCUCUUCUACCACAUCACUGUCGGCCGAGACUCUGUCCAAGUCACCACCUUCCACCAUUCGCCAGCGAUUUGGUCGAUUAAGACUAUCAAGUAGCAACAGCUCCCGCGCUAACAAGGAGGCCGCGACAAUGUCGCCAAAGUCUCAAUUAAGUAUCCGAUUCCCCGGCGAGCUCGUAGCCACAGAUAUGUACCUCCAGUCCGACGGUAACCAUCCACCACCGAAGCCGAUUGUUGCGGCUCAACGGGGUGACCAUGUGGAAAUGGCCUCGCUGAUUCGGAGGAGGGCGGAUCUGGACCACCCUCACAAGGGAACCGGAAGAACCCCUCUCGCCGUCGCCUGUCACUGCGGCCACAACGAUGUUGUCGAGCUGUUGAUUGCAGAAGGGGCCAACAUACACUCCGAGGACAAACGAAAGCUUUCGCCCCUCCAUCUGGCAGCUGCUAAUGGCCAUUGCCACGUCAUGGCGACGCUUCUUGACCGAGAGGCGGACAUUAAUGUCCGUGGCCCCCACGGAAAAACGCCCCUGAGGAUUGCCUGCGAUCAUGGGCAGCUCGAUGCCAUUCGCUUCCUGGCCAAGCUGCGAGCCAUGGUCGACUCUCGUGAUGAGGCCCAAAAAACACCACUUCAUGCAGCCAGCGAGGCGGGUGAUGAUGAGAUUGCCAAACUUCUGCUCCAACUAGGCGCCAACAAGGAUGCGAAAGACUCACAUAUGAGAACUCCACUUCAUUCUGCAUGCAUCUCUGGCCGUAUCGCUGUGGUUGGGACUCUUCUCAACGCCAAAGCCGACCUCGAGGCCCAGGAAGAGGAGAGCCUCACGCCUCUUGCAACAGCCGCAAGAGCAGGCCUCAAGACCGUGAUGGAUUUGCUUCUCCAGCACAAGGCAUCCCCGAGGACACGAAGUGCUGGUGACUUCACCCCGUUGCACUGGGCUAGCUACAACAGUCACGAAGAGGCGGUCGGACUUCUGAUCGCUAAUAAGAAGACGGAGCUAGAUGCUCGAAGCAUUAACGGCCGCUCCCCGCUUCAUGUUGCCGCUAUGGGCAGGAGCUUCGGGGUCAUUGAGAAGCUGGUCAGGGCAGGGGCAUCCCUCGAAGCUGAGUGCCUUGAGGGCAAUCGACCCCUACAUUAUGCAUGUCAGUAUGCAACACACAGUGAAGUAGCGCUCCUUCUCAACGCAGGGGCAGGCUGUAAUGUGCAGAACAUGACCGGCGAAACACCAUUGCACAUUUCUGUCCGCACGGGAAACCUCAGGACAGCCAGGGCCCUGGUCGCCCGUGGUGCUCAUGUCGACUCGUUAGACAACAAGGCGAUCAGACCUCUCGCCAUCGCGUGUCAAGACGGGCAUGCAGAGAUUGCCAACUUCCUACUCACCAGUGGCGCCAUGGUCAAGGGGGCUACGGAUGCACCGAUGUGUCUGGCAGCCAGUGGUGGCCACGUCCAAGUGAUACAGGCGCUGCUUCAACAUGGAGGCGCUGUGCGUGAGGUUGAUGCACAAGGUUGGGACCCCCUAAGGCGAGCAGCUUUUGCAGGCCAUUCCCAGGCUGUCGCCAGCCUGCUUGGAAAUGGAGCGCGAGCCACCAAUCUCGGCACGCUUUCCAGUUUCUCCUUUGCUUCGACCGCCACCGCCGAGCAGCGCAAACGCAUCUUGGAUCUGCUCACCAUGGCUAUCGAUACAGAGAAUGCUGAGUAUCAGCGCGUAACAUAUCUCGCUAGCUCAGCCAUGCCUCUCAAUGUCGGACAAGGAAAUGUGACCGAACUGCCCGACGACACGCGCAGCAGGACAAACGAGCAGUAUGUAGACCAAAGAGAAGGGUUAACUGCACCAAACCCGUCUCCAUCGCCACCAGUGAGGCCGCCACCUUCCCCUUCCAGACCACCACCCGCAAUCCCACAAAUCCUCAAAACCGCAGACGGAGAACACGACUUGGGGAACCAAGAAUACUACGAUGAACGAGAGUCGACACGUCCAGCGCCGUAUUUUCAACCGUCGCCUAAUCCCCUUACUGAUUCGCGCAACCAACAGCAACAAGUCCCCAUUCUUCAUCGAUUUCUCCCGUACCGACCACCGGCGCCUUCCCAGGGGCUGGUGCCAUCAUAUUUGAGCCCAUACACCCCUGCCCCCAUCUCACCGCCAGACGCCCAAUACUACAGCGGAUACACCCCAUCGAACUAUGGCGGCCCUGCCUCGCCGUCGGACGCAUUGGUAUCACCCCCUUCCAGUAUGAGGGUUUCGCCCCCGCUACCAAGCAGCAUCAUGUCAACGUACACCUCAUCAGGUGUCAGUGCGAUGAGUGGGACGACAUCCACAUAUUAUCCCUAUCCAAGGCCUGUCGUGAGAGACGAUGGAACCCUGGCUGCAGGGUCGGAAGCGCUGUACCCAGCGAGGACGGGAACAGACGGGAAUCGGGCAGAGCUACCAUAAUCUUUCCUGCUUACGGAGUUUAUCUGUGCAACUCGAAAUCUAUAAGAAAUUCGGGAUGAUGAAAAGAAAGUCAUCUCUUUGCUAUUACCAAAUAAAUAUGUACGCAACGUUGAUACCGGGGGAUUCACGAGAAGGUAUCCAAGGAUUACCUCUGCUCAAUGUGAUCCCUCCACUCUGUCCUCUCAUCCAGCUUAUCCCCAAUCAUUCCGAUCGAUGCAGCACAGCAGGCUUCCCGGCUGGCGGAGUCCCUUGCGGGGUCUCUAGCUCUGUCGGUCUGCUCUCAGGGCCGGGGGCCUCCACCCUGCCAUCUAUAUCCCACCGAGCACCACUCAGUUCGACCGGCGCAUGUGACUGUCCCAGUUCGUAUGGCGUGACCUGGGGUUCCUUCAUCCCCGGGUGCCACUGCUGAUUGGGUUGGCCAGAGUAAUAGUACUUUGUCUGUUCUUCGGUCACGGUGGUGGGAUAUCCAGGCGGAGGCGUACUCGGUCCCGUGGGGGCGUCCUCCAUCUUUGAGUCGGGCCCAGCGCGGGCAACCCCGCGACGCUUCAUCCUCCACAGUAAAAAGGUGCCAAUUACGAUAGCGAUGACCACCGCCGCAGCGCCAACCGCCACACCGACUAUCGCUCCAGUCGACAAGCCGCCGCCGCCGCCGCCGGAGGGCUCGUCAGGGGCUGACGUAACGAUUGGUCUCUGGGACGGCGGGAGGUCCGAGGGCUUCCACGCGAGCUGGAUCAUGGGCGCGUAGAUGUACGCCUGAGACCUUGUUGGAUUGGGGAGGGUCAUGGGUGCGAGGUUGAUCUGGCUCCCGCUUUCGCAUUGGUACGUCGAAAUAGUGGCUGUUCGGGCAUUGGAGAUGCAGGUUUGGCCGUUUUGGUUGUGGCAGGCGAAGCCGGAUGGACAGCAGCCGACAAAAGUCUCGUCAGCCUCUAUCCUGAACUGGAGACGCCAGCCCUGGGAGGUGGCGCUGGCGGUGCAUGCGGAGUGAUAGCCUACCGGGCACUCGAGGCCGGGCGAGUAGAAUCCCCAACCGAAGAAGGCUAGUUCGUUCUUGGGGCGCCUGUUGUCGUCGGGGGCCAGCAGGUGGCGUUAUCUUGGACGUCUGUCGGUCCGCAUGUCUGGCCUAGCCAGCCGACGUUGAGGUCGAGGUGGUGGGCUGGUGUCCAGCAGGGUUCGGGAGCUGUGAAGGUCGUGGUGAGAUCGCCGAGGAUCUCUCUUGCUUGGUUGGUUAUUGCUUCAGACAUUUUUUGUCUGUUGUGGGACUUGGAUUUGGGCGGCUUGCGGUUUGCUCAGUCGUCGUUGAAUCAAACAAGAGAGAAGCCGGGAACCCGUUGCCGGUCGUUCUUGGUGUGACAAGGGCUGUAAUAUCAGGGCUUGGAACUUCAUGGUUCAAUUCAGGCU